AUGCUCGACCAAAUCGCCAAUUAUGUUCGCAAGAAGCGAUCGCGCCUGAGCGUACGCGACCCAGCAUCCGCCGCCGCGCCUUCACCCGCGCAACAGCACGAUGCCGCAGUCGUCGAGAGGCCCCUCCCAUUGCCUAAUUCCACUGAUGACGCGGACCUCGACAAGUGUACGGCAAACACGGCUGUGCCGGAUGCACACCACCCCCAACGUCCGAGGAGCAUGUCCGACCCGGGGGCAGCGCGACCUGCUGUAAUCGGCGACCCUUCGAUUAGCGAAAUCACGGUUGUCAAUUCCUCCGCGUCCGGAGGCACGGGCAACGGCCUCGCGUCCAUCAACACGCUCCCCGACGAGCUCUUGGUCCCCAUCCUCCUCCUGACGCGCCUCUGGCCUCCAUGGUCCAGCAAGAAAAUCAAUCCAAUACGCUACAUGCUGGUCUGCCGUCGGUGGCGCGCCGUCAUCCUCGCGCACGCGCACUUCUGGGAUACCAUAACCGUGCACAAGCGCACGGAGUGGCUACUUCUGGCUCUGUCCCGUUCUCACCAGGUGCCCUUGCAUCUGACGUUCGCGGAUCUGCCGACUCUUGCUGGCGUUCUUCCGCACGUCGUGCCCCUUCGUGACCGGAUAGAAUCUCUAGUGCUCGGACGAGGCUCAAAGGAAGAACUCGCGGCCGUGUCCUCCCUGAUUAAUGGCGUCUUUCCUUCCCUCACUAAGCUCGCAAUCACGAACGGGGGCAUCCCGAAUCCCUUAACAGGUCCGGCGGUUGAGCAGCUGCUCUUCCGCCCCGCAAACUACCCUCGCCUGGUACAUCUUGAACUGGAACGCCUCCCCGUCCAGCUGACCGAAUCGCUCUUCCGCCACCUCACCACGCUCACCCUCAAGAGCUGCUCCCCUGCACCCUCCCAAAUGACCGCAGACGCAUUCCUCGACAUGCUAGAGUCCGCAUCGCGCCUCGAAAACCUCACCCUAAACCGCUUCGUGAGCGCAGCCUGCUCCCAACUCCCCUCUCCUUCCAGACACGCGUUCUCCCUCCCCAGGCUGCGCAACCUCGACCUCACCGAUACCGUACAGUGGAUCCGACAGCUCACGACCUUCAUGGAGCUCCCUCCCCGCGGCAGCGUCCGGCUGGUCGGAUCCCUUGCCAAUCACGAGCUCGACGACGCCCUCAUCCAGCACUGGACGCUCCUCCUCCCCCAGCUGCCCGGGCUGCCCUUCCUCUUCACCACCGACACCCUGUCCAUCUCCGAAUACCUCGGCCAGGCGGCCCUCCACUGCACCGGGGGCCCGCUCGACGUCUCCCUCACUCUGAUGCCCGCGGACUUCACCGACUGGACGCACAAGCUCAUCCCCUCGGCCACUAUGCUGACGGCUGCGGCGGAACUCUUCACCACCUCCGCGCUCACGUCGCUCACGCUCAGCAUCGACCUGCACGACGUCCCCCGCGCGGCCUUCGACGCCCUCUUCGACGCGCUCCCGCACCUCGCCUCCCUGCGCCUCACGCCCCACAUGCUGCUCGGGCAGGACGAGCACCCGCUCCAGCCGCAUCUGCUGGAGUCCCUGGCCGCCGCCUCAGACCGCAACGCGGUGGGCAGCUCCGACUCAGGCCUGGGGCAGCCGCGACUCCGUGCGCGCUGCCCAGGGCUCGCGCGCCUCACACUGGCGGGGUUCAGCUGGGACGGCGGCGCGGUCAUGGCGGGGCUCGUGGCGUGCCUGCGCGCGCGCGCGGCACUGGGGGCACGGCCGCUGCAGUACCUGGGCGUUGCGGUGAAGCCGCGGAGGCGCGGGGCGGGAUGGAAGGACGCGCGCUAUGCGGCGCAGCUGAGGAAGGUGGUGGUGGGGGAGUAUAAGUUCGAGGUGCGUACUGAUGCGGUGUUUUUCUUCUAG